UGCCAAUGCUGGGCCGGCCGGACGGACCGCAUUAUUUGUGGUGGCGGUGACCGCCGACUCGUCGUCAACGACAACAUUCAUCGAAAAGUCAUCGGAUAUCCGAAGAUAGGAAUCUCACUGUGAUCCCUCGCUUGAGAACACAGCACGGUGCCGCUCUUGGAGGUCCUUCCCGCUAAGCCAACGAGGAGCUCAAGACCCGCGGAAAAAGUUUCGUUCGCGAUCAGUUUUCGUUUGCACCAGAAUGUCCUGCUCGAAUUGUGAAAAACUCAAGAAGGAGAUGGAGGAUUUCAAGGACACACUCCAAUUGAAGGAGUUCGAGCUCGAGGAGAAGCUGAACACCUUCGAGGAUAGACUCGAAUGGGCGAACGAAGACAUUUCGAAACUCAAGGCUGAACUGGAAGACACGAAGGAAGAGCGUGACAGGUACAAAGUGCUGGCGCAAAGUCUGGGAAUCGACAGAGAGGAUGUCACUCAGCACGGAAGUCAAACUCCCAAAGACGGAAAGAACAUCUCGAGAUUAUUAGAGAUUAUAAAAAAGCAAGCCGAGCUAUUAGAAGAGAUGAAGAGUUUGCUCGUGAUCGAUUCGCUGUCGAGGUAGUAGGAACGCGGCACAGGUAGAAAAAACUGGGCGAGUCCACGAUUCUCGCCAUUCGAUUGAUUGUUCCUGCCAGAGCACGAAGAAUAAUUCUGUGUCAGAAGUUGACGACUUGUCUUAUGAAUCAGUCGCGGCGCUGGCCGCGACAUCUCCUAUUACCGAAAGUGCCGUUCAGCCGCCAUAAGUUCUGAUAACGAUUCUAGUAUUCGAUGUCCGAAUGACCGAACGGGUCAAAACGAUGGUCCGAGUGACAGGAUCGAUAUCGGUACUCUCACUCAGCUGCGAGCCAAAGAAGAUUAAGAAUGACAGCUUAAGAAUUAUGUUCCGUUGGCUGUCCUUGAAAACAAAUGUAAACACGUGCGACUAAUCGAUGACCUCAUCGUCAUUGACUCCUCAGAAACGAGGCGGGGAGAGGCGCGUCCCCAUGAAUAGUAUAGCCUGAUAAUUUAUUUUGAAAGCGUCACCAUAUUAUAUCAAUGAGUAAAAUGAUGUGGAA